AUGGCAGCUCCCAUCAACGUCUUGAUGAUUGGUACCGGCGAGUACACCACUGGCUUUGUUGGCACCGGUGGCUCAGCCUCGGACAAAAAGGUCGGCGUCGUCGGCCUCACCCUCUUUGACCUGCGCCGUCGGGGCAAGGUCGAGAAGCUCGGCAUGGUAGGCGUCAACGGCACCAAGUUCCCCGCUAUACGCGAGCACCUCGAGAAGAACAUCACCCAAGUCUACAACGGCCUCGACACCUCGUUCGACUCCUUCCCCGCCAACGACCAAAAGGACCCCGACGCCUACAAGGCCGCCAUCGACGGCCUCAAGGCCGGCGACGCCAUCACCAUCUUCACCCCCGACCCGACGCACUUCCCCAUUGCCCUCUACGCCAUCGAGCGCGGCAUCCACGUGCUCAUCACCAAGCCCGCCGUCAAGCUCCUGGAGCACCACCAGGAGCUCAUCCAGCGCGCCGAGGAAAAAGGCGUCUACGUCUUCAUCGAGCACCACAAGCGCUUCGACCCGGCCUACUCGGACGCGCGCUUCAAGGCCAAGACCCUCGGCGACUUCAACUACUGGUACUCGUACAUGUCGCAGCCCAAGUACCAGCUCGACACGUUCAAGUCCUGGGCCGGCCGCGAGUCGGAUAUUUCCUACUACCUCAACAGCCACCACAUCGACAUUUGCGACUCCAUGGUCCAGGACCGCUACGUGCCCGUCAAGGUGUCGGCCUCGUCCUCCAAGGGCGUCGCCGUCGCCCGCGGCUGCGUCGACGAGACCGAGGACACCAUCUCCGUGCUCGUGACGUGGGCGAAAAAGGACGACCCCAGCAAGCGCGCCGUCGGCGUCUACACGUCCUCCUGGACGGCCCCCGAGCGCGCGGGCGUCCACACCAACCAGUACUUUCACUACCUGGCGGCCGACGGCGAGAUCCGCGUCGACCAGGCUCAUCGUGGGUACGACGUCGCCGACGACAAGGCCGGCCAGCUGCAGUGGUUUAACCCGUUUUACAUGCGCUACGCGCCCGACGAGGACGGCAACUUCAACGGCCAGACGGGCUACGGCUAUAUCUCCAUUGAGAAGUUUGUGGAUGGCUGCCGCGCGGUGAAUGAGGGUCGCCUGAAACCGGCGGAUCUGGAUGCCAAGGGCCUGCCGACGCUGCGCAACACGAUUGCCACGACGGCGAUUCUGCACGCUGGUCGCAAGAGCAUUGACGAGGGCCGUGAGAUAGGCAUCGUUGUCGAGAAUGGUGUGUGGAAGCUAGUUUAG